AUGUCGACCUACCGCCCCAUCGAUUCCAAAAGAGAAGAAUUUCGGAAGUACUUAGAAAGAGCUGGUGUCAUGGAUGCUUUAACUAAAGUAUUAGUUAUGCUUUAUGAAGAACCAGAUAAACCUGAAGAUGCUUUAGAAUUUGUCCGAACAAAUCUUGGAGAUAAGCGUCCUACUCUAGCUGAAGUUGAGGCAUUAAAAAAUGAACUGGAUUCUGCUGUUCAAAAAAUAAAGGAUCUAGAAGAAGAACUUAUAAUGUUAAGAGGAGAAUCUGCUGAAGAUAGGAAGGAAGGAGAAAAAUCUGACGAUAUGGGCACCAAGUUAGAGCAUUGA